AUGGCCGUCCAAGAUGAGGACAAAACCGCAUUCCGCACGCCAACAGGGUUGUAUUGCUACACCAAGAUGCCGUUCGGCUUAAAGAAUGCAGGUGCAACGUACCAAAGGUUGAUGAACGAAACAUUCAGUGACGCCAUCGGUAAGUACAUAGAAGUGUACAUGGAUGAUCUGGUAAUCAUGAGCAAGGAGGAGAGCGCGAUGCUGGCAAAUAUCCAGAAGACCUUCAACACGCUGCGCAGCGUAAGCAUCAAACUGAAUCCAGCAAAGUGCUCAUUCGGAAUGGAAGAAGGAAAGUUUUUGGGCUUCAUAGUCACUAAAGAUGGUUUUAAGGUGAAUCCAGAAAAGGUCCAGGCCAUAGAAAGGAUGCCUUCACCAGCAAACGUCAAAGACAUGCAAAAGCUUGCAGGACGAUUGGCAGCACUCAAUCGAACCUUGAACGACCCAGAAACCAGAUACGCAAUCAUGGAAAAGCUUGUCCUUGCACUGAUUCACGCGUCAAGAAGGCUGCGCAGAUAUUUCGCCAAUCACGUCAUCCACGUGCUAACAAACUACAAUAUUGGGAAUAUCCUAGCAAGGCCAGAAGUAUCAGGAAGGUUGGCCAAAUGGGCAAUAGAGCUAGGGGGACACAAUGUGGUUUUCAGACCACGUCCAUCAAUCAAGGGCCAAGUCUUGGCAGAUUUUAUGACAGAAGUGCCAGACGACAAAGACAGAGAAUGCAAGGCGAUGGAGAAAGCUGAGAAAAAACAAACAGAAGAGCCAUGGCUACUGUACACAGAUGGUGCAUCCAACGAAGAUGGGGCAGGCGCAGGGCUAAGGCUAGUAAGCCUUGACAAACAUGAGUUCACAUACGCCAUACGCCUGGACUUCAAGAGCACAAACAAUGAAGCAGAGUACGAAGCCUUUCUGGCCGGCUUGCGUUUGGCAAUCAAAAUGGGGGUCCGACACAUCGAAGCACAUGUGGACUCCAUGUUAGUAGCAGGCCAAAUCAACGGCCAGUAUGAAGCCAAGGGCGACAUAAUGGCACUCUAUCUCAACCAAGCGAAGACAUUGUUACAAACUUUCUAUUCCUACAAGGUGCAUCACAUAAACCGCAGCGAAAACAAGCCGGCAGAUGCUUUGAGCAAGCUUGCGUCGACAAGUUUCCAACACCUAGCAAAGGAUGUGCGCAUAGAAGUUUUGAGCAACCCAUCUGUUCCACUCAGAGAAGUCAGCGUCAUCCAAACAGGAACCACGUCCUGGAUGACACCCAUAAUCAUGUACUUACAGUCCGGGAUACUUCCAGAAAACAAAGCUGAAGCGCGAAAGAUACAAUAUAAAUCAGAACAUUAUCAGAUGGCAGACGGGAUACUGUAUCGAAAGUCAUAUCUCGGCCUGCUGCUAAGAUGUGUUGAUGCCGACGACGCAAACUAUCUGAUCCGGGAAGUACAUGAAGGCAUUUGUGGUAUCCAUGCCGGGCCGCGAAUGGUAGUGGCAAAAGUAAUGAAUGCCGGAUACUACUGGCUCGGGAUGCACCUCGAUGCCGUGAAAGAGUUGAGAAAAUGCAGUGGCUGCCAGAGGCACGCACGAAAAACCAUGCGCCCCAAAAACGAGCUGGUACCAGUAACAACCGCAUGGCCUUUUCAGCAAUGGGGCAUAGACAUGGUGGGCCCCUUUCCAGAAGCUCCGGGGGCAGUUAAGUUCAUCAUAGUCGCGGUCGAUUACUUCACCAAGUGGGUAGAAGCAAAGGCACUUGCAUCAACCACGUCGGCAGUCGUUAAAUGA